GUUUCCGUUUUAAAAAAUCAACAAAGCAACGGUCUUUGUCGUCGUUAGAGCGUGAUUGAUUUUUACAAACGUUAAAAACGAAAAUGUGUAUCGAAGUGUGAGCUGCCGUUAGUUUUGCAGCUAGAUAUUAGUAAUAGCUAUCUUUUAGUGUAUUUAUAUUAAUAGUGCGAAGUACAAAUUUUUCAAUAUGAAGGAUCCUUUUGUUAAGGAUUCGGUUAUCGAUUCGCCGGCCAGGGAGAGCCUGAGAAACGUGGAAGGUUGCUAUAACAAGAAUAUAUUUAAGACUAGUUCGUUCGCGAACUCCCGCCGUGCAUUGCAGUCAGGUGCGGAUAAGAUAUCGAGGACUUUUCGAAGCGUAAGAAACACCUUCGGGAAUCUGUCACAGCAUUUCAGAUUGGGAGGCAGGCGCCGUCACCGCCUGACUGAGCCUCCAUCACCAUGCAGGACGCCAACAACACCAGUCAUGAAGAAGAAACAGUCCGGUCUUUCCCAGAUACUGGGGAGGAGUCCCACGAAGUUGUACAGUCCUUUUGGCAUCGAGACACCACACAGCCGGGACUUCAGGAUGUCACCAUACAUGCCUGAUACACCAGAUCAUGGUUUGUCACCAAAGCGGCGCAAAGGCGUCACCCACUCAUGGCAUAUCCUCGCCAAGAAGAGACCUCGGGCGCUCUUCCACUGAAACUUUACUACAUGUAACUAUCAACGCACAAAUGUAUCCCACCGCUUACUGUAAAGACUAGCUUCUUGAGUCUCUACACAUUGGACAUCACAUGUGUCUGACAAUGACGCUCUGCACUCUCAAAUCAAUACUAAUGCUUUAAUUUUUUAUUCAUUAGUUACUUGAACUAUUUUAAUAUGAUAAAAGCAGCUCUUAAUUAAUAAUUUAAUUUGGUUACAUUGCAAAAUAUUGCACACAUUCAUUAUUCCAGUUUUUUGGAAGAUUAACUUGGAAGUAAUUUGUUACCUUUUCAAAGAGCCUAUAUCCAGCAGUGGCCUAAAAAGCUGAGAUACCAAGGGACAUGUGAUGUUCAAUAUGUAGGGGCUUAUAUUGUCGAUAUUUUGUAUGCAAUUGGUGCUAUACUCAUAGUAUUUUCUUAUACUUGAAAUACAUUCGCGAUUGGCUUAUUCCCAACAUAAUAUAGUAACUAUAAUAUGUAUUUAAUAAUACAUUAAAUAUUUAUAAGUAUCAUCUUACCAGUUGGUAUGUUAAAGAUUUAUUUGCUUUGUUCAAAACAUAAUGCAGAAAUCUUGAUGAAACUGAAUGUUUGGUGUACUGAAGAUAAUCAUAUAUCAUUCUUACGUAUCAAACUAUUUAUUUUACCCACCGAUUAUUGAAUUUAGUUUAAAGCUUUCCAAUAGUUCUACUAUUUGGUAAUGUUUAUGUACUUACGUAAUAUUUAGUAUUAUAUCAUAUCCAGUAUUAUGACGCCAAAUUGUGUAGCUUUGAGUACAAAUUGUAUUAAUAUACUGUCAAACAAAAAUGUAGUGAUAAAUGUAGAAAUAAGGAUUAUGUUAGACUAGUAACUUAUUGCUAUCAGUUAUUCUUUACAUUACUAACAAGCUUAGAUAUUAAAGAAGAUAUUUGAUAGUACGAUGAACUGAAUAGAGGAAAAGGUUGGCCUUGAAGGAAGGGAAAAGAAUGAAUAGUAUUAAAGUCCACUGCUGGAUAUAGGACUGAAAAACUAGGGUAUAGUUAGACACGCCAUUUUGUGUCACUCGCAUUUCUGUUUGACAGAGACACACGUACAUAGAUUUUUUACACUAAUACGCUUCGCAUUGACAAUAUUGUAGUCGCCUAUUUAUAUUUAUACGUAGGUUAAGAUUGUGUGAAUUUUUUUUCUGGAAUCUCCCGAAUUUUUCACUUUAUUGUCGAAUACAGUUAGCGUCAUUAGAACGUAUGUAACGGGUAGCUAGUGAUUUUGGAAAAUUAUACGAACAUUUGUAGAUGGCAACUUUUGGAAUAGGUGUAAUGUAAUGUAAUGACGUUGACUGUACUUUUUAAGACUGAUUGUCUUGUAGUUGUAUAUUUUUACUUUUAAUUUCGUAAUCGAGGCUCAAAUGUACCUACCUAUUUUUUACAGUAUGUAUUAUUUUUUAAUUUUCACUUGUAUUUUUAAUGCAUCGGCUAUGUGACACAGCACACAGUGUCUAUUGAUAUGAUUAAAAUUAUAUUUGGUUUCUUUUAUACAA